CCUCGACUCAGUGCUCUACGGUCAGUGUGGGAGGAGAGUUGUUAUCGUCUAGAGCGGGAGGGACUUGACGUGAAAAUGACGGACGAGCAGCAACAAAACCACGAGGAUGACAACAACCCAGGAAUGGGGGACAUGAAAACAGCUUUCGCCACCGGACAGCGAGGCAGAAAGGGCGCCCUUAAGAAGAAAAAUGUGUUUAUUAUCAAUGAUCACAAGUUCAUCCCCCGAUUCUUCAAGCAACCAACCUUCUGUAGCCACUGCAAGGAUUUUAUAUGGGGCUUCGGGAAGCAGGGUUACCAGUGCAAUAUCUGCAGCUUCGUGGUCCACAAGCGGUGUCAUGAGUUCGUCACCUUCAAGUGCCCGGGCCGUGACAAGGGCGCAGACUCCGAUGACACCCGCACCAAGCACAAGUUCAGGGUACAGACCUACGCCUCGCCCACCUUCUGCGACCACUGCGGCUCCCUUCUCUACGGCAUCAUCCACCAGGGCAUGAGAUGUGAAGCUUGCAACAUGAACGUGCACAAGCGUUGCACAGAGAGCGUGCCCAACCUGUGCGGCUGUGAUCACACUGAGAGGAGAGGCCGCAUUGAACUCCGGAUCAUCUGUCUUGGCAACAAGCUGACUGCUGAAGUGCGCGGAGCCAAGAAUCUCAUCCCAAUGGACCCAAACGGGCUGUCUGAUCCUUACAUCAAGAUGAAGCUCAUCCCUGGCACCGACAACAUGAAGAUGAAGACUAAGACCAUUAAGGCUACUCUUAAUCCCGUUUGGAAUGAGACGCUGACAUGCGAGCUGAAGGCUGAGGACAAGGACCGCCGGCUCCUGGUGGAGUGCUGGGACUGGGACCGGACCUCGCGCAACGACUUCAUGGGCUCCAUGUCGUUUGGGAUCAGUGAGAUCAUCAAGAACCCCGUCGACGGCUGGUUCAAGUUCCUCACUGAGGACGAGGGCGAGUUUUAUAACGUGCCGUGUCCACCUGAGGGCGCUGACAUCUCCGCCUUGAAGGAGAAAUUCAGGACGACAUCUAUCACGAAAAAGACGGCCAGCACCACCGACAACCACAUUCCUCACAACAUGAACAAGAGAGACAUCAUUCGUGCCACUGACUUCAAUUACCUCAUGGUGCUAGGCAAGGGGUCCUUUGGUAAGGUGCUCCUGGCAGAGAGGAGGGGAACAGAUGACCUUUAUGCCAUUAAGAUAUUGAAAAAAGACAUCAUCAUUCAAGACGAUGAUGUAGAGUGCACUAUGAUAGAGAAAAGAGUCCUUGCCUUGGCCAGCAAGCCACCCUUCCUCGUUCAGCUCCACUCAUGCUUCCAGACUAUGGACCGAUUAUACUUUGUGAUGGAGUAUGUGAAUGGUGGCGAUCUCAUGUUCCAGAUCCAACAGUGUGGCAAGUUCAAGGAACCUGUUGCUGUGUUUUAUGCAGCAGAGAUUGCUAUUGGACUGUUCUAUCUGCACUCCCGUAGUAUUGUGUAUCGUGACCUGAAAUUAGACAAUGUACUCUUGGAUCAAGAUGGACACAUUAAGAUUGCUGAUUUUGGCAUGUGCAAAGAAGGUAUUACAGGAGAAAAAACUACAAAGACUUUCUGUGGAACUCCAGAUUACAUUGCUCCAGAGAUUAUUUUGUAUCAGCCAUAUGGGAAGAGCGUAGAUUGGUGGGCGUAUGGUGUCCUGCUCUACGAGAUGUUGGUCGGCCAGCCACCAUUUGAUGGAGAAGAUGAGGAGGAGCUUUUUGCUGCCAUUACUGACCAUAAUGUUUCAUACCCAAAGUCACUGUCCAAAGAAGCUAAGGAAUGCUGCAAAGGUUUCUUGACCAAGCUGCCCCAGAAACGACUAGGGUGUGGCUACAAGGGUGAAGAGGAUGUUCGAACACAUCCAUUCUUCAGAAGACUCGACUGGGAAAAGAUAGAGAACCGAGAAGUUCAGCCGCCCUUCAAGCCUAAAAUUCGUCAUCGUAAGGAUGUGAGCAACUUUGACAAGCAGUUCACAUCUGAGCGCACUGAACUAACUCCCACUGAUAAACUGUUUAUGAUGAACCUUGACCAGACGGAAUUUUCUGGCUUCUCUUAUCUCAACCCAGAGUACAUACAGCAUGUGUAAAGUACAUUAAGCACAUGUGAAGUGCAUAUUGCACACGUAAAGUUUGGAAAAGAUAGACUAUACUAUAUCAUUUCUCUGCAUUUAUCUUUGUAUCAGUUCAUUUGCACUUGUUAUUGAACAAGCAUCAUAUUACUGUUCCACAAAAAAAUUGUGUAAAAAUAAUUUGUUACAUAUACAGUAUUCAUUAGCCAUUUUCAGACCCAUUUCCUUCACUUGUGCAACAGUCCAGUAGGCAAACGAUGAAGGACGACUGUUAAACCUAAGUAGAUCAACAUUAUCAAUGUUGAUUCAUUGUUACACCAACAUCUGUUGCCUGCUGGGAAGAUUAUUACAUAGGCAAGGGAUAUUAGAGUAACAUGAAAACAAUGCUGGGUCAAUGCUGAUAAUACUGAUCCAAUAUUGAAUCAGUGCUAAUAACACUGAGACAAUGUUGAAUCAGUGUUCCUGCUGGACUGUUACUUUGUGCGCUUGACACAUUUAAGCUAAGAGGAAAAUUUGACGUUAAAUUCAGCCCGUGUUAUAUUAGUGGUUUAAUUCAGUAUAAAUGAUUAAUGUACAGUAUUAAUAAUUUAAGGUGUGCAUUCUGCCUGCAAGUCAGAUAAUAUUCAUCCCCCAAGUAAUUAUCUUAAUUAUUUUAAAUCAUUGGCCUAGUAAAUUAUAAAAAUAUUAAAGGACAAAUUUGUCUCUGCUUUUAACACUAACUUUUCAUGGUGCGCUAGACAGCAACAGGUUCGUGUAUCAGUAUUAUAAAGAAAGAUUUGAACUGUGUGUGUAUGAAAAUUGGGUUAAUAGGCUUCUUUAAGAAAUCUUAACAAAAAGGAAAAGAUAUAGAGAAGUGCCAUUGUUGUCAGCAACAAUGACAUUUCAUUUUCAUUUCAACAAUGAAGCACUUUAUACCCUUCACUACUAAGAGGAAAAAGUUGAAUUUUUAAAGAAAGGGUAAAUGUGUUAAAUUUUAAUGGACUUGGCAUUUUCAUAACCCUUAUUGUGAUUAAAUUUUGUUUUUUGCCUUAUUUCAAAUGUGUCCUGCUAACAAAUUCGGUAAUGUAAAGGUACCAUUCACCCUUUUAGUCAGAAACUACUCAAGUCCAGUCUUUUCCCAGAGUUCAUUUUGUAGUUUAUCCUUCAUAUUGCAAUUUUAAAUUGUUUGACAUGAUUUUCACAGAAGAAGGUUAUUAACUUGAGUUGAAAAUCACCACUAUAAAUUUGAAAUGCACAGAGAAUGAUAUUGAAGCAUGUGUGCUUACCACAGAUCAAAGUAUAUAAACCAAACUAAGUUUUAUAAUCAAAACUUUUGCCUCAUUGCAACUCAAAAGUGAUUUAUAGAAAGCUACAGAUAUAUAUUUUAAGUCCCAAAUAUAUUAUCUAUUUUAAGUUUAUGCCCUUCUCAUGUGUUAAAAUGUUUGAUAUGAUAUUGAGUAAAGUAUGGAAAACACAUUAAACUUAAUUUUCUUUAUAUGUAAUUACAAUUAUGUGAAUUGUGUAUAAUCAAUGUUUAUAGUAAGUUUGACUUUCAGUAUGGGUUAGUAAGUUUAACAAUACUGUAUAGAGGUCCACUUUUAUACUUGUAUUUGAUCUUUAUAUUACAUUAUGGAAUAAAGAAAUUGUGUAUUAAAGAAGAUUUUUACAUUUAAUAGCUAUAUUUUGUGAAAGUUAUUUUCCUCAAUAAGUGCAAUAAAAGUAUUGUGUGCUAAUGUUCUAUAAGAGAUUUUUACAAGUGUUGUGAAAUAGUAUUAAUUCUUAAAGUCAUUAAUGAACGAUUUAAGAAAAUUGCUAGUCAUUAAGUGUAGUACACUACUGUGUAUGUUAGACUAUGGCCACAGUAUAGUGCAGUAUUUUUUUACAUUUGUAGUUCACAAGAAAGUGUAUUCCUGUGAAGGCUGUUAGUAUGUUCGUGUUCACCAUAAGAAUUAAUGAGGUGCAGUAGUUUAUUGAUAUUAUAUUUUAUUAGCAAUAUACAAUUCAUGGGAAUUAGUGUUAAUUAAUAAUUCAGGGAUUUUUCUAUGUAUCAUUUAAAAACUUAUUUUUAUGUGAUUUUGUUCAACAGUAAUAUUACUGCCACACUGCCAAAUUUCCAUGAAAAUCCUUUCUUAGCUCUAAUGUUUUAAAUGCAAAAGGAUUUAUAUGCAUGGCUAAAAACUCAUGUUUAUUACAUUGUCAAAUAAGAACAAUUAUAUUAGGAUAAAUAACUAUAUUAAAUAUUAAGUGUUCUUGUGCUGUUUAGUUCUACUGAAUAUGGCCAGCUGAUAAUUUUCUGUUUAUUUGCACAUUUAAUUACUUCAUAAUUUAUUGCUGUCUGUGUACUGUCUGAUUGAUAUCUUGCUCUGGCUGGAAGCUUCUCUUGUUUGAGUGUUCACUCCUCCUUAAAUAAGCGAAUGGCAUUCCAAAGUUAAAAGAUUAAAGAACAAUUUAAGCUUUUGAUCAUCAUCACUAUCAGCAAUAUCAUCACCACCAUCACCCAGUUGUUCACUUUCAAGAGGUGUAGUAAAGACACUUGCCCAGUGAGAAUAGAAAAAAUACUGAUAGAAAAUGGAUCAAAUUAUAGUAAUUAGCUUAAUAGAGAUAUUACCUUUAAUAAAUAAAUAAUGUAUGACAAACUAAAACCAUUAAAAAACCACAUAUUAAUAAAAAUAAAAUACCAUAGUCAUUUAAAAUGGUAACUAAAAGGGAUGUAUCCCUUUAUAAUUAAUUAUUUACUGGGCAACAUCACCACAUAAAAUGCAUUAUCAAAAUAGUUUUAGUCAUUUAUUCGUUCCUGAUGACUUUUCAUUUACACAUUUUAACUUAUAUUGUAUUUAUAUACAUGCCAUGCUCUUUCACUCUCGAUGUAACUGCCAAACUUCUAUCAACAAAUUCAUUUAAAUACUCUCACCAUUUCUCUAUCAUUAUUUGUUUAUUCAGUAUUUAUAUACCACUGUUGGGCACUCUUCUCAGUUAAAAUAUUUCCCACUUAAUAACAUAAAUUGGGCUGGAUAUCUUGCCCCCAGAUAAUAUUUAAUUGCCUUGGCUGUCUUGUCCCCAGAUAAAAUAUAUUGGGGGUGGCUAUUUUGCCCUCAGAUAAUAUAAAUUGGGGGUUUGUAUUUUGCUCAUAUAUAAAUUAGGAUGGCUCUCUUGCCCUCAUAAAAUUAGGGUGGUUAUUUUGCUCUUGUAUAUAAAUUGCACACCACAUAAUAUAAAUUGGGUUGGCUGUCUUAUUCCCCCCAUAUAAUAUAAAUUGGCUUGACUUUCCUACAACUUAAAAAUGUGCAGUUUACAUAAACUUUAAGAAAAACUGUUUGGAUUUAAGUAUUUUGUAAACCAUAAUUUUUUUAAUAAUUUUACCACCAGAACAAUUAACCAUCCCACCUCUAUCUGGAUUUUUAAGGAUUAUCAAGAUAGCUUCAAUAAACUGGACUGAUAACUUUUAAAUACAUUAGGGUGGUCAUUCCACAAUUUGGGACCCUUGAUUUGCAUUGCAUUUCUGCUUUGGUUGAGUCUCACUCUCGGAAUAUCAAUGAGAUAUUUGUUUCUUGUGUGGCGACCAUGAGUUCUAUUACAGCCUUCUAGGAAGUGCUUAAAGUCAGGAGUGGCAUUGCAAUACAGAGAUUUAUAGAUAUAAAGAACACUUGAGAGUAUGUACAGAGACUUGAACAGUUAACAUGUUCAAGGAUUUCAGUAAGGGAGCAGAGUGGUGUCUGGGACUGGAAUUUGUGAUUGUUCUAAUUGCUGAUUUUUUUUAAGUAAUUAGGGGUCAGAGGUAAUUAAGGGUAGUGGAUUCCCAGGUACAGAUAACAUAGGUGAGAUAUGGAUAAAUGAGGAAAUAUUACAGAGUACUGUACUCUAACUAGGGCAGGGCAUGUUAAUUCUUAGAUAAAUUUGAUUGUUGGUCUUGUUACCAAACAAAAUGUAAAAGUCUUGUCGAUAUUAAGGUUAAGUUUUUUAGUAGUUAACCACAAAUGGACUUGAUUUAGUUCAGUAUUCACCGUGUCAUUAAGAAUAAGUGGGUUAGUAUGUGAGAAAAUGAAGGUUGUAUCAUCAGCAAAUACAAAUGGCUUCAAAUGUUAUGUGGUGUUUGGAAAAUCAUUGAUGUAUAUGAGAAAGCAGAGUGAACCAAGUAUAUUACCCUGUGGAAUGCCAAUGUUAAUUGGUAGAGUGGGAGAUGUAGCAUCGUUCACUGAAAUAUACUGCUGCUUGUCACUGAGGUAUGAAUGAAAGUACUGAAGGGAGUGACCUCUGGCUCCAUAGUGUUGGGGUUUGAGAAGAUUAUUGUGGUUAAUAGCGUCAAAAGCAUUAUGUAGGUCAAUAAACAGACCUAUUCCUGCACUUGUGCCGUUAAUAUGUUUUGGUGAUACAGUACCACUAAUUCACCAACUUCGUGCAGACACAGUAUUGGUAGAUAUUGGUGGUAUUAUAAUUAGCAAUAAGUAUUUGAUUGUGCAACACCUUCUUUAUGUGCAUAACAGUUCAGGUAAUCUACUUGAUUUUGUUAGUUUUAUAAGUUCAGUUAAAGGCACAAUGGCACAGACUAAUAAACUAGCCCCAAAAGGUAAAAUUAUGAACUAUUCUUUACAGUAUUCAAGAAAGCAAUGUUUGUUUUAUUUAGCAAGACUUAAACCUCUCUACAAAUUCUUGAGCUAAAGUAUUAUUGUUGUUGAGACAUUAAGAUAUUUAUCUGGAAAGAUAAAUCAAGCAAAUCUUUUGAGAAGUAGAAAGAAUAUUUAUAAAUAUAAAUUUUAAAGUAAAAAUUGAUUAGUAGUCUAUACCAUUGAGUGUGGUAUGUUGGUGCUGUAUUCCCCAUUUUUUAACACUAUUAUUUAUAUGUUUCCAAUAAUUUUAUUCAAUAUAUUGCAAUAUAUAUAAUGAAGGCCUCAUGAAAGUAAACAUUUAAUAAUUUUAGAUAUUUUAAUAUCUUUCUCUAAAGGUAGUACAGUUCUUCCGUGGGUGCUUAGUGCCGGUUAGUCUUAACCCUUUUAUUGUAUUAAUAUAGUAUUCUGUAUAAUUUAUCUCAAGAAUAUAUUUUGUUAACUCUUUGUGACAUGCAAAAUAUUGCUUUAUAGGAGAAGUUUUGUUGGGGUAGAUGAUGAAUAUCUUUUAUAUUUGUUUAUUACUAUUGUAUUGUAUAAAAUAUUUUAUUUGAUAUUUUCCUUUCAUGUUGUGAAUCUGAAGAUUAUAUUUUGUUUUAAUAUUUUUAUUGUAGUUACUAGUGGUGAUAUUAAAUAAAAAAACUUUUAUAAAACUUAAAAUAAUGGCCAUACAUAAUUAAAUUUUAUGAUCAGAGAAGAUAAUACGGAAAUAAUUUACAUGUUUGGAAAUGACAGUAUUUUUAUACUUUGCUAUAAAUAUUAUUUUCUCAGGUUAAUACACUUUCUUGUGAUCCAUUUAUUGAUAGUUUAGGAUACUGGGCCUCCAAGAUAAAACUAAUUACCAUAGAUAGUUUUAAAAACAAUUAAGAAUAAAUUUUCAGAACCUAUUCCAUUUCAUAAAUGUAAUUAUAAUAAUAGAAUCAAAGGCUUGUGUGUGUAUGUGCCCCACAAUGUGUUCCGUUUAUAUAGAAGAAAGUCUUUCUAGGAGAUAUGUUAGGUCAAGUGGCCAGGAGGCAUGGACAAGUCUGAACAUUGUAACGGUGAAUCUUUUGAGUCCUUAAGUUGUUAUAUAUUUUUAGCUGUUAGAAGAGCACAGUGAAAAUAUUAUAGCAAGAGGAACUUUUACUAAUUUAAAUAAUUGUCAAAUAUAUUAAAUUGUGUCAAAUUCAAUAAGCUAUAUAUAAUAACAUCUUAUUUCUUAUAUAAAACAAAUUAACGUAUUAAGAAUGUGAUUUUAUCAAUGUGAAAUCAUAUGAUUUACCAGUAAUUUAUUAACUAUUAAUCAGCACUGGUUACUAAAGUAUCUUGGAUUUUGUUGAAAAUUUGCUACAAAUACUUUCAUGCCAAAUUCAUCCAAGAGAGCUUGCAUUAACUGGCUUGAUGCCUCAUAAGGUUAUAGGUUAAUGUUCAGCUUGUUGUUUUUAUACCAUCAAUCAAAUGAUGAAAUUAUUGUAAGCAAAAUUUGCUGAAUUGUUAGUGAUCAGUGUGUAUUGAGCAGUAUAGGGAUUAAUGUUUUAUCUGACAUAAUUAUCAGAAAAUAGAAAAAUAGUUUUUCUAAUCCUUGUGCUUUAUACUGUGCUUUAAUGCUAGACUCAUUAUAUUGAUUUGAGUCAUAUUUUCAGACUCGCUUGAAGCAGUAAAAGUGUAUAAUACAGAAUCAGUGCAACUCCCUAGACUGCCAAUUAUUCACACAGUUAUACAGUAUAUAUAUGUAUCAAUGGUGUAUACUUUAUAAGAGUUGCAUUAUAUCUGUUUGUUUUUAUUUACACUUGUUUAAAAAGAGGGAGAAGCGUAAUUACACAAUCUAAUGUUGUAGGUAGUGUGGGAUCUAGAACUGAAUCUCUGUGGCACUCCUUUGUGCAGAUGUACCAGUAAUGAAUGCACCAAUUAUCACGUAUGGAUGCUGCUGGUGUCCUUCGUGUUAACUCUGCUUCACAGACAUGGCUGAGAGGGUUAUCAUGAACUAAUGUUGAAAACAGACUUGUUUAUAAAAAAAACUAUGAUAUAUAUCUUUUUAACAGUUAAAAGAACAUUUCAGCAUAGUACAGUACAUACUAAAUCUAAGAAUUUAUGUUAGUGGUAGCUGUAACCCUUUCAUUCAUAGUCUUAAGAUUAUCUAAAUGGAUGCAAGUCACAUUAUACACAAGACAGUUCACCAAAGGAUUUUAAAGCCCUAACCACACUUAAUCAAACCUAACCAAAUCCAAACCAACCUUAUCUAACCAACCGAGCCAAACACCUAACGUGAGUUUUCCCGAGUUUACCUGAGGACCACUAAUAUAGUGGCCUCAACAAGGACAGGAAGCCGGCAGCUUGUCCAAGGUCUCCCGAUUUGCCUUGAUAAUCUUUUCCAGUUGGAUUUUUAAAUUCAACAGUCUUGGCAUUUACGGCUUCGGCGGGUAGGUAGUUCCAUGGGGUUUAUAACCCAAACCUAACCUAACCUAAACUAAUACAUCCUAACUUAAUAUAUACAUUUUAAACAAAAAAGAAAACAAGCUUUGUAGAAUCAUCUUAUGUAUGACUUGACAAUACCCCAUCAUAAUCCACAGCAAUGACUACAGACCAUGACUUGGGAUACAUGAAUGUAAUGCCAUUCAGAGAGAUCCUGAAGUGCUUCCCACACUCAUUUUCUAGUUCCCUUUGUAUGUACACUUUUGUCAACUUGACACCAGAAAUGGUAUAAGUUUUCAUAAUAUAUUCUACAAAAUCAAAAUUAUAAUAAUUUUAUUGUUAAGGCAGCAUCAAUAGGUAAGAUAAAUAAUACUUAAAAGUUAGUUUUUAUAUCAUAAUUUGCAUUUAUAUAUAAAGCUGCUAUGAUCUUUUACUUUGUAAAUAUUGUUACAUUUUUCUUUGUUUUCUUGCUAAAUAAAUAAUAUUUCCAUUUGCAAUUGUUACCAGUAAACAUUGUGUCAUCUGGUGUCUGGUUGGUCUUGUAGAGCAUAGUCAUGCCUUUUUGCAGUGUUGAGCAGAAAUCAGGCCUUGUAUUUUGCAAAAUUGUGUAACAAAGAAAGUUUACGUCUCUUGUGAAUGCUCUUUGAAUAAUAUUUUUGUAAUACUAUUUUUAUGAGACCACAGUGCCCAAGUUAAUGGGCCUUGCUUUGGUAAGAAGUAAAGUACUGUAUUGAUAUAUGUUAAAACAUACACGUUUAAAAAUUUAAACAUGCUGCAUCUAAGUAUAUAAUAAUUUUCAAAGUAGAUAUGCUUUGUAGGUUUCCCCAUUUAAACAUUUCAUAUAUAAAUAGUUAGGUAUAUAUCAAUAAAGUGUAACUUGCUGGAUUGUGAUUUAAGGCAUACUAAGUGACAGUACAUUUGUACAUUCCAAUAUUUUGGAUAAAAUAGCCAUGAAUGUGUUUUUCUCUUUCACUGAUAUGCAGAUUAAACUCCAACUUUCCAUUUCUAUAUGUGCUAUGAUAAUACUAAAAAGUAUUCACUUUCAGCCACAUAUUUACCUUCUGCCUUGCAUAUUCUGAUCUGUACAAGUUUUGCUCUCAGUAUAAGUUUAAGUUUGAAUAUAUUGAGUCAUUUAUAAUAUUUUUUUUUAACAGGGUAACAGUAUAAUCUCUUAUACCUUCCUGCAUUGUUUAGCGUAGCUUGUAUGAAUUAUAUUAUACUAUUCUUGAAGGUAUAUCUUGGGUCCAAAUGUAAGUGGCCAGUGUUAGCAUAUAAUUACUGUUGAUAAUACUUUAUAAUGUUUAGUGCAUCACUUUUGCUUUCCAAUUAAACUGCCAUGAUGUAAUCUGAAACUGUUAAGGACUUAUGGUAGCUCUUGUCAUGUUUAAUAUUUGUGUAGUGAAACUUAGAACAUAUUUAGUACUGUAAAUCAAA